AUGGAAGGAGAAGAGCAGGAGGAGCAUCACAAUGAGACAGAACCACCGGAAUCGGCCGGCGACGAUGCAGGAACUUAUGCUGGAGCAACUGCCGGAGCCGGCGCCGGCCGGUUCUACGAGUGCGUAUUUUGCAAGAGAGGCUUUUCUACGGCGCAGGCCCUGGGUGGGCACAUGAACAUCCACCGGAGAGACCGGACCAAGCUUGGGUCCGCCCGCUCGUCUCCUCCGGGCCCAAGAAGGGCCGAGGAGGCCUACCACCCUUAUUCCAGAGAACAACGGCGUACUUUACCUCAAGCUGUUGAGUCCAGCUCGUCGAACUAUGCGGUUUACUUUCCGGGUUCGUCGUCGACAUCUGGCAGUGGAGAUAAAAGAGAGCUCGUGCUCGCCGGCGAAGAACUGCAAUUGGGCUUGAGCGAGCCGGGACAAGAGACCAGGAAGGAGAAGGGGAAGGAUGAUCAGGUGGUCUCAGAGUAUUUAGAUUUGGAGCUUCGGCUUGGUCACAGCAAAGGGCAUGAAUCUUCAUGA